AUGAGCAGACUGAAUCAACUGGAAAGGCAAGUAGCAGAUGGAAUUACAAAACAAGAAGCUUGUGAGGCUUUAAUGGGGCUACAUGCAUUAACAGGUCGCGACACAGUGUCAGCCUUCCCUUCGAAGGGCAAAUUGCAGCCAAUGCAGAUGCUCAUCAAGAAUCAUAUCUAUGUGAAGACAAUGAAAGACAUUGGCAAGGAAUGGAGUGUAAAUGAUGAUACAUUUAGCGCAACAGAAGAGUUUGUGUGUCAUUUAUAUGGAAGAAAAGGUACGAGUGUGGAUUCAUUGCGAUAUGAGCUCUGUUAUGCGAAAGGUGGAAAGGUCACGCCAGAAGCAUUGCCGCCAUGUCAGUCAUCGCUGUGGCUGCAUGUGUCUCGUGCAAACUAUAUCAGGCUGCUAUCUGGAGGAGAGCUACAGAAGCGUGUCCUGAUAUCCCUUCUCCGCAUGAGCAUGGCUGGAAUGCAAGCUCUUCCAUUUUAG